UCCUUUGAGAAGCUUCUAAGAAAUCCAGCAAUUUAUUGCAAUCAUUUCCUGUAACAAUGAAGAGAGUCAAACAUUAAUGACAUUUUAAUGUUCCUGGUUCUCACAAGGCUAAAAUCCUACCUAUGAACACAGCACACUUUGACUGUGCAGCAGUUAUUCAACAUGAGCUACCACAACAAAACUGCUGGGAAAAUCUUUCAUGAAUGAUUCAUCUCAACCUGGGGGCCGUAUACCUCAAAAGUCUACUUGAAGAAGGUUGGAUUUGAGCUCAAUAACUGGAAGGGAGUGAAGUGGAAUGUCCAUGAUGAUAAAUGCUGCUUCGCCAUUAUCUUACUCUAUUUGGCUUUGACGGAAGAUGGACGACGAAGGCUAAAGACACUAGAGGAGGAAGAAAACUCAAGAAGGCAUGCAACCACCAAAUGGACUGACUGAAGGAAGGGAGAUGUCUCUAUAUAGUUCUGAUUAUGGCUGUGUACUGGUGCAUGGAAACGUUGCCUCUAGCAGUAACCGCACUGCUCCCUCUCAGCCUCUUACCGCUGUUUGGAAUCCUACCUUCAUCAAAGACCUGCCCUUUGUACUUCCUUGACACGAAUGUUCUCUUCUUUGGUGGCUUGAUCAUGGCCGUGGCGAUUGAAGACUGUAAUCUGCACCGCAGAGUAGCACUCACAAUCCUCAGGUUUUUGGGGGUUAACCCUUUAAUGCUCACACUGGGAAUGAUGCUGACCACUGCCCUUCUGUCCAUGUGGCUGAGUAACACAGCCACCACAGCCAUGAUGAUGCCGAUAGCCACUGCUAUCCUUAAGAGGCUGUAUGGAGAAAUGGAGGCUGUGCCACAGAGUAAAACCAGCGACACAGAAUUACAGAAGCACGAAUUGCCUACUGAAGAGAAUCCUGAUAAUCAAGAAGCAGAAGAGGAAGGGAAGAGUGAAGUACAGGAACUCAAAACUGCAGACUCACCUCAUCCAACUGAACAGAGCCAACUGGAAAAGCCUAGCAAGAAUUUGGCAAAGGGUAUACUCAUUUCCAUCCCAUAUGCAGCAACUAUCGGAGGGAUAAGCACUUUAACAGGAACACCACCAAACCUUAUCCUUGAUGGUCAACUGAAAAGCAUUUUUCCUAAUUCGGACGAGUUGAAUUUUGGUUCCUGGUUCGUGUUUGCCCUACCCCUCUCUUUGAUCUUCCUCAUACUGGCGUGGCUCUGGAUCACAUUCCUGUAUGGAGGCCUCAAGCUAAGGUACAAGGUGGGAUCGUGGAUAUAA